GCCACCAGAGGAGAGGAAGCCGGAACUGGCGGAUUAAACUCAGCGUGGUGGUCAUGUCGGCCAGUGGGGCUGUGGAGACCGGUCUCCCAGCGGUUGCUGCCACCCCUUCGCCUACCCCGGCCCGGGCUCCGGUCCCGGGACGCCUGUUCCGGCCUAUCAGCGCCGAGGACGAGGAGCAGCAGCCCACCGAGAUUGAGUCGCUGUGCAUGAACUGUUACCGCAAUGGCAUGACGCGCCUCCUGCUCACCAAGAUUCCUUUCUUCAGAGAAAUAAUCGUCAGCUCCUUUUCCUGCGAGCACUGUGGCUGGAACAACACGGAGAUCCAGUCGGCAGGCAGGAUCCAGGACCAGGGAAUACGCUACACUUUGACUGUCAGGGCCCCGGAGGACAUGAACAGAGAAGUGGUAAAGACUGACUCUGCUACCACAAGGAUCCCAGAGUUAGAUUUUGAAAUUCCUGCCUUCAGCCAGAAGGGAGCUCUGACCACUGUUGAGGGACUGAUCAGCCGUGCUAUCUCUGGCCUGGAGCAGGAUCAGCCCACUCGAAGGACAAACAAAGAAGCCAUAGCUGAAAGAAUUGAUGAGUUCAUUGUCAAACUAAAAGAGCUAAAGCAUGGGGCCUCUCCUUUCACGCUGAUCAUUGAUGAUCCCUCAGGGAACAGCUUUGUGGAAAACCCACACGCUCCCCAGAAAGAUGAUGCCCUGGUGAUCACACAUUAUAACCGGACUCCACAGCAGGAAGAGAUGCUGGGGCUCCAGGCAGAGACACCAGAAGAGAAGCCAGAAGAGGAAGAUCUCAGAAAUGAAGUGCUACAGUUCAACACAAACUGCCCAGAAUGCAAUGCUCCAGCUCAGACCAACAUGAAGCUAGUUCAAAUCCCCCACUUUAAGGAGGUUAUCAUCAUGGCUACCAACUGCGAGUACUGUGGCCAUCGGACCAAUGAGGUGAAGUCUGGUGGGGCAGUAGAGCCCUUGGGCACCAGGAUCAAUCUUCAUAUCACAGACCCCUCAGAUAUGACCAGAGACCUGCUCAAGUCUGAGACAUGUAGUGUGGAAAUCCCAGAACUGGAAUUUGAACUGGGAAUGGCUGUUCUCGGAGGCAAAUUCACCACACUGGAAGGGCUGCUGAAAGACGUCCGGGAACUGGUGACCAAGAACCCUUUCACACUGGGUGACAGUUCCAGUCCUGGCCAGAUGAACAAACUGCAGGAGUUUAGCCAGAGGGUGGACCAGAUCAUUGAGGGUAAAAUGAAGGCCCACUUUAUUAUGAAUGAUCCAGCAGGAAACAGCUACUUGCAGAACGUAUAUGCACCUGAAGAUGAUCCCGAGAUGAAGGUGGAAUAUUAUGAGCGCACGUUUGAACAAAAUGAGGAGCUGGGGCUCAAUGACAUGAGGACCGAGGGCUAUGAGACAAGCCUGGUCCCACAGCGGUAGCAGUGGAUGGUCUCUUGGCCAGCCUCCUACACCACUCAGAGCACGGGGUUAUUUGUUACUGUUUGAGAAGGCUGUGAGUGUCCACCCCACCAGGCCUUGCUCAUUUGGGGAGGGCACCUACUCUGAAUCAGAGAUGUUGGCACACUCUUUAAACAGUUUGUGAUGCAAGUGCAAGUCUAUUGUGUUAUUUGACCUUGUUGUGGAGGUUGUAAAUCAGCUUGGGAAGAGAUCCAGAAGCAGACCAUGAGGAAUGUCACUACCACUUUUUUACAAGUCUUUACCCUCUGUCCACACAAUGCUCUGUCCUCUAGAGUUGGAACUCUGAGGCUGAGGAAGGAGGAGGACAGCUACAGCUGGAGUGUAGGUAUCAAUUUGGGGGUAUUAAAAAAUACUGACUUUCAAAAUGAGAGGAGUGUUCUGAGAGGAGGGAGUCCUGCAGAGGUGAAAUUCUCAUUAAAAUGGUGGCUUUUAAAUAGCA